AUGUCUUAUGAUGAAACAGACUUCCAGAUCUUCACGCUUUUUACUGAUCCGGACAACUGGUCCAAGGAGAAGUUGAUGGAGCUCCUGUGCCGUGACAUGCCCAACGAGGAACAUGUCAAUGCGUAUUGCCACAUCUCGUCCUCUGCCCUCGUGAUCAAGCCCGAGGAUGUGAGAUCAACUCUGGGUGAUCUUGAAAGUCUCCCCCGUGAGAUCCUCCACAAGACGCUCGAGGAAUUGAGCUUCGCCUCGAUCGAGAUCUUCUCACGAACCUGCCGAGCGGCCCGCUUGCUCGUCGACAAAGUCAUGGCCUACCGGGAGUUGAUCCGAUUCAUACCAAAGAUCCUUACCAUCUUCAGCGACACCAGGCUGAUGCAAUACCAUUCUGUGGCGGAUGUGCGACAGGAGCUUCAUUUCCGCUACUGCCGGUCCUGCGGGGACGUUGGCACCUACUUGUUUCUUCCCACGUGCGAGCGAGUCUGUCUGACCUGCCUGAACUUCAACCAGGCCUACUGGUGUCUCCCGCAGUCGCAGGUCAGCCAGGCCUUUGCCCUGCCCGACAAUGUCGUCGAAACACUCCCGGUACAGAUCAUCUCCCAGUCCUCAUACAGAUCUACCGAGGAAUGGCCCGAGCUCGACACAACGCAGUACCAGCUAGUCGCAGUCAAGUCGGCCCUGCAGGUCGCCAUCAACUGGCACGGCUCGCAGGCAAAGGUGCAGGAGGAGGGCAACCUCAUCUCACCCGACAAGUUCGCCGACAGCAGCGCCACCGAGUGCGAAGAAGGCGCACUGUUUCGAUACCUGCGCGAAGCCAAACUGGGCCCCCUGGCACACAAUCCUUCCCUCGACCCGCCGCCCACUCGGACCCUCGUCCACCACGAAUUCCACGGGCUGGCUUCCAUCUGGAUCCCAUUCAUGCCGCAUCGGGGCACCAUUCCCGAGAAGCUCUAUUUCUGCGGCGGCUGCCAGAACAUCGUGAAGAGAUUCGACCCGAAUAUCAGUGACCGUGUGUUGGGACAGAUGGACAUCGACCCCGGAAUGCCGUUCCAGGAAAUCAGGCGGAGGCUGCUGGGCAAGGCCUGGAAGGCCCGCACCUGGGAUGAAAUGGUGGAACAUAUCCGUUCUGAGUGCAGUGGUGGAAGGGGGAUGAUGUUCGAGGAGAAAAUGGCUGCCUUUGGCGCUGUUGCCGGCUGA